GCUCCUGCGGAGGACCAGCCACCACCCUUGAACUCGCUGGGAUCUGAAGCUUCCCCUGGCCGGCAUGAAGCCCUGCUGCGGGAGGAGCCCGAGGAGGCGACGGACCCGGAGACCUGUGGAGAACCUGGAGAUUCGUGGGAGGUUCCAACUCUCAAGACGGGACUGUCAAACAUGCUGCAUCGUGUGGAUGUCUCAUGAUGGGGCAAAUGUGCACAAAGGGCAAAGAUGAAAUCCAGGAAACUUAAUUUUACUUCUGAAAAAAGAGUUUAAUCCACAACUUUCUAUCACCAUGAUACAUUCCUUUGCAGCGGCCAUGUCAAAGAGACCAUCACAAAGACAAGAGAAAUCAGGUCGCCCCUGCGUUGACUGCCAUGCAUUUGAAUUCAUGCAGAGGGCCUUGCUGGAUUUAAAGAAGACUGCGUAUAAUCUAGACACACGGAUCCUGUGCAGUACUUUAAGUACAACACAAUCCACACAAGCGGUCCAUUUCCUGGACACUACUGUGCUAAUAAGCGACGGUCACAUCAAUACCACCCUAUACCGGAAACCUACUGACCGCUACACUUACCUACAUGCCUCCAGCUUCCAUCCAGGACACACCACACGAUCCAUUGUCUACAGCCAAGCUCUAAGAUAUAACCGCAUUUGCUCCAAUCCCUCGGAUAGAGACAAGCACCAACAAGAUCUCUAUCAAGCAUUCUUAAAACUACAAUACCCACCUGCUGAAGUGAAAAAACAGAUUGACAGAGCCAGACGAGUACCCAGAAGUCACCUCCUACAAGACAGGCCCAACAAAGAAAAUAACAGAACACCACUAGCUGUCACCUUCAGCCCCCAACUAAAACCUCUCCAGCGCAUCAUCAGAGAUCUACCUAUCCUGAAAGAUGAUCCUUUACUCUCACAGAUCUUGGGAGACAGACCUGUCCUCGCUUACAGACAACCCCCCAACCUAAAGCAAAUACUCACCAGCAACCACACAUCACUGAACAAAACCACUAACCCAGGAACCUAUCCUUGUAACAAACCCCGAUGCCAACUCUGUCCACAUAUCUAUUCAAGUGACAUCAUCAUAGGACCUAAUCACAUCAGCCAUACCAUCAGGGGUUCGUUCACCUGCACAUCUACCAAUGUGAUAUAUGCCAUCAUGUGCCAGCAAUGCCCCUCUGCCAUGUACAUUGGCCAAACCGGACAGUCUCUACGCAAAAGAAUUAAUGGACACAAAUCUGACAUCAGGAAUCAAAAUACUCAAAAACCAGUGGGAGAACACUUUAACCUGUCUGGUCAUUCAGUGACAGACCUGCGGGUGGCUAUAUUACAACAGAAAAACUUCAAAAACAGACUCCAAAGAGAGACUGCAGAGCUAGAAUUGAUAUGCAAACUAGACACAAUCAACUCCGGUUUGAAUAAGGACUGGGAAUGGCUGAGCCAUUACAAAGAUUGACUCUAUCUCCCCUUACAGAAACACUGCUUCUUCAAGUGGAAAAGAGAACUCUGUGUGACUGUGUAACUGCAGACACGCUGAACUGAAUGCUGGAGAACAGCC